CUGGAGAAACUGAUAGAAAAGAACUACUACCUCCAUAAAUCGGCUCGAGAAGCCUACAAAUCGUAUUUACAGGCGUACGCCUCGCAUCAACACAAGAGUAUCUUUAACGUGAACGCUCUCGACCUUCAAAGAGUAGCUCCUGCCUUUGGCUUUGUGGUCCCUCCACGGGUGAAUCUAAGUAUUUAUUGGUGAAUUUAGUGUUCUGGGCUAAAAAAAGGUCCUCAUAGGGACUUGGAUUUUUUCUUUGUCCCAUCCUUGUGAUAAGAAGAAAAUCCAUUUUCCUCGAUUGCAUCACUGAGCUAACAAAUAUAUCAUCUUUCUGAUUUUAUUAACAAUCCAUGUUAACUUUUACUUCCUCGGCAUCUGAUUUUAAAUUGGUACGUACAAGUUGCACUCGUAAAUGAGGCACACCUCGAAUUUUGAGGAAAGUGGGGCAGCUUAGUGUUUAUGACACUUUGUAUAUUCAGCCUUAACAAACUCCACCAGAUGUCCACAGCAGGAAAGAAGAAAGAAUUCAGAGACGUGGUGGCGGCGGAGGGUAUGGUACGGGAUAUAAAAGCUCGAAGUUACAACAGAAAGCCAAGAUAUUUAAAAGAAAGACCGGUGAUUCGAGACAAUUCACCAGAUAA